UUAGCGCGGCGGACACCGAGCCGAGCGGAGGGGGCGGCCGACCCGUCGCCCCCUUCCCGCGGGGUCUCGGGCGGGAAAAAGCCGUACCCGGCUGGCGGGGGCGGGGGGACAUGGCUGACCGGAGUGCGCCGAGCUGCCACCUGCGGCUGGAGUGGGUCUACGGAUACCGAGGUCACCAGUGCCGCAACAACCUCUACUACACGGCGGCCAAGGAGAUCGUGUACUUCGUGGCGGGGGUCGGCGUGGUCUACAGCCCCCGGGAGCACCGUCAGAAAUUCUACCUGGGGCACCAGGACGACAUCAUCAGCCUUGCUUUGCAUCCUGAACGUGUGUUGGUGGCAACAGGUCAAGUUGGAAAAGAACCAUACAUCUGUGUGUGGGACUCAUACACUGUGCAAACCGUAUCUGUUCUGAAAGACGUUCACACACAUGGUAUAGCUUGCCUGGCUUUUGAUUUAGAUGGUCAGCGCUUGGUAUCAGUUGGUUUGGAUUCAAAAAACACAGUCUGUAUAUGGGACUGGAGAAAAGGAAAACUGUUAUCAAUGGCUCCUGGACAUACAGAUAGAAUAUUUGAUAUUUCUUGGGACUUAUACCAGCCAAAUAAGCUUGUCAGCUGUGGUGUAAAACACAUCAAGUUCUGGAGCUUGUGUGGCAAUUCAUUGACACCAAAGCGCGGUGUUUUUGGCAAAACUGGUGAUCUCCAAACUAUAUUGUGCCUAGCCUGUGCAAGGGAUGAAGUGACAUAUUCUGGUGCACUGAAUGGAGAUAUAUAUGUAUGGAAAGGAAUCAACCUUGUACGGACAAUACAGGGAGCGCAUGCUGCAGGGAUUUUCAGCAUGAAUGCAUGCGAAGAGGGAUUUGCCACUGGUGGCAGGGAUGGCUGUGUUCGCUUGUGGGACUUAAAUUUUAAACCAAUUACUGUGAUUGAUCUCAGGGAAACAGACCAGGGAUAUAAAGGUUUGUCUGUAAGAAGUGUUUGCUGGAGAGGAGACCAUAUACUCGUCGGGACACAAGAUAGUGAAAUUUUUGAAAUUGUGGUGCAUGAGCGUAAUAAGCCUUUCCUGAUAAUGCAGGGGCACUGUGAAGGAGAGCUGUGGGCUUUGGCUGUCCAUCCUACAAAACCACUAGCAAUGACUGGAAGUGACGAUCGAUCAGUCAGAAUUUGGAGUUUAAUAGACCAUGCUUUGAUUGCACGAUGCAAUAUGGAGGAACCCAUUCGCUGUGCUGCAGUUAGUACUGAUGGAAUCCAUCUUGCUCUUGGAAUGAAGGAUGGCUCUUUCACUGUGCUUCGAGUCAGAGAUAUGACUGAGGUUGUUCAUAUCAAAGACAGGAAAGAAGCUAUUCAUGAACUGAAAUAUUCACCAGAUGGGAAUUUCCUAGCUGUUGGUUCCAAUGACAGCUCUGUGGAUAUAUAUGGUGUUGUUCAGCGAUACAAGAAAGUUGGGGAAUGUAUUGGAUCUUUAAGUUUCAUCACUCAUAUGGAUUGGUCUUCAGACAGUAAAUAUUUACAGACCAAUGAUGGCAAUGGGAAGAGACUUUUUUACAGAAUGCCAAGUGGAAAAGAAGUAGCAAACAAGGAGGAAUUAAAAGGUGUUCAGUGGGCAUCAUGGACCUGUGUUUCUGGACUUGAAGUUAAUGGAAUAUGGCCCAAAUAUUCAGAUAUAAAUGAUAUAAAUUCUGUGGAUGCAAAUUUUAUUGGGCAAGUUAUGGUUACAGCUGAUGAUUAUGGAAUAGUAAAGCUCUUUCGUUACCCAUGUCUAAGAAAAGGAGCAAAGUUUAAAAGAUAUCUUGGUCAUUCUGCUCACGUGACAAAUGUCAGAUGGUCUCAUGAUCACCAGUGGGUUGUUUCCAUUGGGGGAGCUGAUCAUUCUGUCUUCCAAUGGAAAUUUGUCCCUGACCGGAAGUUGAAGGACUCUCUUCAUAUAGCACCCCAAGAGAGUCUGGUCGAUUCUAACAGUGAUGAAUCGGAUUCAGAUCAGUCUGAUGUUCCAGAGCUGGACUCUGAAAUUGAACAAGAGACACAGAUCACCUAUCGUCGACAGGUUUACAAAGAAGAUCUACCUCAACUUAAAGAGCAAUGCAAAGAAAAAAGAAAAAGUGCAGCUUCUAAGAGACGAGAGCGAGCUCCAGGGAACAGUAUAAGAUUACAUUUUGUUCACGGUUACAGAGGUUACGACUGUCGAAGCAAUUUAUUUUACACUCAGACGGGUGAAAUUGUAUAUCACGUUGCAGCAGUGGGAGUGGUGUACAAUCGACAGCAGAACACACAGCGCUUCUAUCUCGGUCAUGAUGAUGACAUUCUUUGCCUUGCAAUUCAUCCCUUAAAGGACUAUGUGGCAACAGGCCAGGUUGGCCGAGAUUCCUCAAUACAUAUUUGGGAUACAGAAACGAUAAAACCACUCUCGGUAUUAAAGGGCUAUCACCAGUAUGGUGUGUGUGCUGUUGAUUUUUCAGCGGAUGGGAAACGAUUGGCUUCUGUUGGAAUAGAUGACAAUCACACUAUUGUACUCUGGGAUUGGAAGAAAGGAGAAAAGCUUUCAGCAGUAAGGGGAAGCAAAGAUAAGAUUUUCGUUGUUAAGAUUAAUCCUUAUAUGCCUGAUAAAUUGAUUACAGUUGGAAUUAAACACAUGAAGUUCUGGCGUAGAGCAGGUGGAGGACUAAUUGGGAGAAAGGGCUGCAUAGGUGCUUUGGGAAGAACUGAUACGAUGAUGUGUGCAGUGUAUGGCUGGACUGAAGAGAUGGCGUUUUCUGGAACUUCCACGGGGGAUGUGUGUAUUUGGAGAGAUGUGUUUCUCAUAAAAACUGUCAAAGCACAUGAUGGUCCUGUGUUCAGCAUGCACGCAUUGGAAAAAGGAUUUGUCACUGGAGGAAAGGAUGGGGUUGUAGCUCUCUGGGAUGAUACCUUUGAACGUUGUCUCAAAACCUAUGCCAUUAAAAGGGCUGCUUUGGCCCCUGGGUCUAAAGGUCUCCUCUUAGAAGAUAACCCUUCUAUACGUGCCAUAUCUUUAGGACAUGGUCAUAUUUUAGUGGGCACAAAGAAUGGUGAAAUAUUGGAGGUGGAUAAAAGUGGACCAAUAACUCUGCUGGUUCAGGGUCAUAUGGAAGGGGAAGUUUGGGGUCUAGCUACUCAUCCUCAUUUACCUAUUUGUGCCACUGUAAGUGAUGACAAAACCUUAAGAAUAUGGGAUUUGUCUCCUAGCCAUUGUAUGUUAGCUGUUCGCAAAUUGAAGAAGGGAGGAAGAUGUUGCUGCUUUUCUCCUGAUGGAAAAGCAUUAGCUGUUGGUCUCAAUGAUGGAAGUUUUUUGAUAGUUAAUGCAGAUACCCUGGAGGAUUUGGUCUCUUUCCAGCACAGGAAAGAUGUUAUUUCAGAAAUCAGAUUUUCUCCUGGGGCUGGCAAGUACUUAGCUGUGGCAUCCUGUGACAACUUUGUAGACAUUUACAAUGUAAUGAGCAGUAAACGAGUAGGAAUCUGCAAGGGAGCCUCCAGCUAUAUCACACACAUGGACUGGGACAUUAGAGGGAAGCUCUUACAAGUCAACACUGGUGCUAAAGAGCAGUUGUUUUUUGAAGCUCCACGUGGGAAAAAACAGACAAUUCCUAGUUUGGAGGCAGAAAAGAUUGGCUGGGCAUCUUGGACAAGUGUUUUGGGCUCUUGCUGUGAAGGAAUCUGGCCUAUAAUUGGUGAAGUCACAGAUGUAACGGCUUCAUGCCUCACUAGUGAUAGUAAAGUAUUAGCCACAGGAGAUGAUUUUGGAUUUGUGAAACUGUUUCGAUAUCCUGCUAAAGGAAAGUUUGGAAAAUUUAAGAGGUAUGUUGCUCAUAGUACCCACGUAACAAAUGUCCGUUGGACCUAUGACGACAGCUUGUUAGUCACUGUUGGAGGAGCAGACACCUCUUUAAUGCUGUGGACUUACGAGAUGGAAGGACAUCGGGAUAGCAGGCAAUGUGACAGUGAAGAGUCUGAUCUAGAUUCUGAAGAAGAUGGAGGUUAUGAUAGUGAUGUAACGAGGGAAAAUGAAAUUAAUUACACCAUCAAAGCCUUAUCAACAAACAUUAGACCAAUGUUUGGAAUUAAGCCUCAUCUGCAACAAAAGGAGCCAACCUUAGAUGAAAGGCAAGGGAUAGUGAGAGGUUCCAGACCACCAGUUAGUAGGGCAUUGCCACAGCCGGAGAAACUUCAGACAAAUAAUGUUGGGAAAAAAAAGAGACCUAUAGAGGACCUAAUUUUGGAGCUGGUAUUUGGGUAUCGAGGCAAGGACUGCAGAAACAAUGUGCACUAUUUGAAUGAUGGUGCUGAUGUAAUAUAUCAUACUGCGUCUAUUGGGAUCUUGUAUAAUGUGGCAACAGGCUCUCAAUCUUUUUACCAGGAACACAAUGAUGAUAUUUUGUGCCUCACUGUAAAUCAGCACCCCAAGUUUACCAACAUAGUGGCAACUGGCCAAGUAGGAGACUCAGCAGAUAUGUCAGCUACAGCUCCUUCUAUACAUGUGUGGGAUGCAAUGAACAAACAGACACUGUCGGUGCUGCGGUGCUACCACUCUAAGGGCGUUUGCUCAGUCAGUUUCAGUGCCACUGGCAAACUGCUGCUCUCUGUAGGGCUGGAUCCUGAACAUACCAUUACCAUUUGGAAGUGGCAGGAAGGUGCCAAAAUUGCCAGCCGAGCUGGUCAUAACCAGCGCAUAUUUGUAGCAGAGUUCAGACCAGAUUCAGAUACCCAGUUUGUUUCUGUGGGAGUAAAACAUGUGAGGUUCUGGACACUGGCUGGAAGAGCUCUUCUCAGUAAAAAAGGGCUACUGAGCUCCAUAGAAGAUGCCCGAAUGCAAACGAUGCUCUCUGUAGCUUUUGGAGCGAAUAACUUGACAUUUACAGGUACUAUCAGUGGAGAUGUUUGCGUUUGGAAAGAUCAUGUGUUGGUACGAAUUGUGGCCAAAGCUCACAAUGGACCUGUUUUCACAAUGUACACCACACUAAGGGAUGGUUUGAUCGUUACAGGAGGCAAAGAAAGGCCUUCAAAGGAAGGAGGAGCAGUUAAGCUAUGGGAUCAAGAGCUGAAACGAUGUCGUGCCUUCAGACUAGAGACGGGACAAAUGACCGACUGUGUUCGCUCUGUUUGCAGAGGCAAGGGGAAAAUUCUCGUUGGGACAAGAAAUGCUGAAAUAAUUGAAGUUGGAGAGAAAAAUGCUGCAUGUAAUAUUCUAAUUAAUGGUCACAUGGAUGGACCAAUCUGGGGCCUAGCAACACAUCCUUCCAGAGAUUUUUUCCUUUCUGCUGCAGAAGAUGGCACAGUAAGACUCUGGGAUAUUGCUGAAAAGAAGAUGCUGAACAAAGUCAGCUUAGGACAUGCAGCUCGUACUGUGUGUUACAGCCCAGAAGGUGAUAUGGUAGCUAUUGGCAUGAAAAAUGGAGAAUUUAUUAUCUUGCUUGUGACUUCUCUCAAAAUUUGGGGGAAAAAAAGGGACAGAAGAUCAGCAAUUCAAGAUAUCAGGUUUAGCCCAGAUUCUCGUUACUUAGCGGUUGGUUCCAGUGAGAAUGCAGUGGAUUUUUAUGACCUGACUUUGGGUCCCACACUAAAUCGAGUCAGCUACUGCAAAGAUAUCCCAAGUUUCGUGAUCCAGAUGGACUUCUCUGCAGACAGCUCGUACCUCCAGGUCUCCACGGGGUCCUACAAAAGGCAAGUCUAUGAAGUGCCUUCAGGAAAACAGCUUGUGGAUCAGGCUGUGAUUGACAGAAUAACAUGGGCUACUUGGACAAGUGUUCUAGGUGAUGAAGUAAUCGGAAUCUGGUCCAGGCACGCUGAAAAAGCUGAUGUAAACUGUGCCUGUGUGUCUCACUCGGGAAUCAACCUUGUAACAGGCGAUGAUUUUGGCAUGGUCAAACUAUUUGACUUCCCGUGUCCUGAAAAAUUUGCAAAACACAAACGCUUCUUAGGUCACUCUGCCCACUUAACGAAUAUUCGAUUUACCAGUGGAGACAGAUACGUGGUCAGUGCUGGAGGGGACGACUGCAGCUUAUUUGUUUGGAAAUGUGUGCAUAUGCCUCAUUGAGAGGGACAUGGAGACUUGCAAAGGGGACGCUGCGUGAAGUGCCAGGCAUGAAAUACCCAGGACUGCAAUGUGACAUUCUUCGGUGCCCCGCAUGCGUAAGAAAUGGUGCUGAUCCAAGACACAGAGCAGUCUGCCUCUGAAAGACAAGUCUCUGGAGUCUGUCAGAAGGGUGGACUGUAACACAUAACGCCGAGGCCCUUAGAUUUACUUCAGUGUCGGGUAAUCCAGGUUUGUAUUUCACUCACUGCCAGAUGUUGAAAAUGAAGCACGUGGGUAAAAGGAAAAAGUGAAUUGUUCGUCAAUGUACAGUUUCACAGUAAGGUCCUGGGGUUUGAAUCAAGAGAAGCUCUUUCUGACCUAGUGCUGUACAUUGAUCUGUUUUCAGCGUGAAUGUUUCUCCUUUGAGUUUUGGGGUCUGAAUAUCAUUGAAAGAAGAGUAUUCCAUAUUUUAUUACUGAA